AUGGCAACCUUCCAUGACCUCCGUGGAAAAGUCUUUGUCGUGACCGGCGCGGCGUCAGGCAUGGGUCGAGCUACCGCCGUCCUGCUCGCACAGCAGGGAGCCCAUGUGGGCGCGCUGGACUUGAACGCGCCGGACGAAAUGGCGGAGCUGAUUCGAAGGGAAGGAGAAGGAGUCGGGCGUUGUCUCCCGCUGGCGUGUAAUGUGCAGUCGGCCGAGGCGGUGGACGAGGCUCAUCGUAAGGUGGUGGAAGAGUUUGGACGUCUGGAUGGCGCCGCAAACAUGGCCGGCAUCGCAGGCACCCGCAAGACGAAACCGGCGAAUUUCCCGCUGACCGGGCUUGACGACGACGACUGGGACACCAUCAUGAACACCAAUCUGGACGGGGUCAAGAACUGUGUGCGAGCCCAGCUCCGGCUGAUGCCAGGGCCCGGGUCGAUUGUGAAUGCCGCGAGCACCGCCGGCCAGUAUGGUCCGGCCAACGCCUCCCCUUACGUGGUGAGUAAAUGGGGGGUCAUUGGCCUGACCAAGUCGGCCGCGCGGGAAUGUGGGAGGAAAGCCAUUCGAGUGAAUGCCGUGGCCCCAGGCGUGGUCGAAACCAAUCUGGUCCCGCCGUCGAAAGGAAGAGAUGCCUUCUUAGAAACCACCGCGCUGGGCCGGGUCGGCCAGCCCGAAGAGGUGGCGCGAGUGGUGGUGUUUCUGCUGAGUGAUCAAGCCAGCUUCAUGACCGGUUCGUGUGUAGCCAAAGACCAAGAACAGGCCGGCACCGAACAGCCCGAGAGUUGA